UUCAGCCCACUGUUGCCAUGGCAACGAGCGACGGCCGCCAUUUUUCCCGGAGCCGUGACGUCACACCCGGGCUCCUGUACUUGGAGAACCUAGCGCUCGGAAGAGAGACCAAGAUGCUGGGGUUUCUGAAGCAACCUAUUGUACUCUCUGUGGAAAUCAACGUGAGCCUGGCGGUUCUGGCUGUCCUGGGAUUCAUAAGUCGGCUGUGGACCCUCUCCUACCCCCGAGCGGUAGUUUUUGAUGAAGUUUACUAUGGCCAGUUCCUCUCCCUGUAUAUGAAGCGGAUCUUCUUUGUGGAUGACAGCGGCCCACCAUUUGGUCACAUGGUUCUGGCAUUUGGAGGUUACUUAGGUGGAUUUGAUGGCAAUUUCUUGUGGAAUAGGAUCGGUGCAGAAUACAGUUCCAAUGUGCCAGUUUGGGCCCUACGUCUGCUGCCAGCCAUAGCCGGUGCCCUUUGUGUACCGCUGUCAUACCAGAUAUUGGUGGAGUUGCAUUUCUCACAUACCGUUGCUCUUGGAGGUGCUUUCCUAAUUUUGUUGGAGAAUUCUUUAAUCACUCAGUCUAGGUUGAUGUUGUUGGAAUCAGUCUUGAUCUUUUUCAUCCUGUCGGCUGUUUUAUCCUACCUGAAGUUCUACAACUCACUAAGCCCCUUUUCUGGAAGAUGGUGGCUCUGGCUUUUGCUAACAGGAUUUUGCUGUUCCUGUGCAGUUGGGGUGAAAUAUAUGGGCUUCUUCACUUACUGCCUGCUUUUGGCCAUUGCAGGAGUUCACUCCUGGCAACUGGUUGGCGAUCAGACUUUGUCCAAUUUUGCUUCUCUCAGGCAGCAGCUGGUGGUGAGCAACCCCCCACGUCUUGUACAGCAUGGCAGCAUUGUGCAGUUGGUCCAUGGGAUCACAACUCGCUAUCUCAACACGCAUGAUGUUGCUGCCCCUCUCAGCCCUCAUUCCCAAGAGGUUUCCUGCUACAUUGAUUACAACAUUUCCAUGCCAGCUCAGAACCUCUGGCGAGUGGAAAUUGUGAACCGGGAUUCAAACACAGAUGUCUGGAAAACAAUCCUGUCUGAAGUAAGGCUCGUCCACGUGAAUACCUCAGCAGUGCUAAAGCUCAGUGGUGCAUCUUUACCUGAAUGGGGCUACCGGCAGCUGGAGGUCGUUGGGGAAAAGAUUUCCAAAGGCUACCACCAGAGCAUGUUGUGGAAUGUGGAAGAGCACAGAUAUGGGAAAAGCCAGGAGCCGAAGGAGAGGGAGGUGGAGCUUCAUUCCCCCACACAAAUCAACAUCAGCCAGAACCUCAGUUUCAUGGCCAAAUUUAUGGAAUUACAGUGGAAGAUCCUGACUCUGAAAAAUGAGGAUACAGAGCAUAAAUACAGUUCUUCUCCCUUCGACUGGAUCACCAUGGAUACUAACAUCGCCUAUUGGUUCCACGCUACCUCAGGGGCCCAGAUCCACCUUCUUGGAAACAUGGUCACUUGGACCUCAGCCAGUGUGGCAACGGUUGUGUACCUGGCUCUGUUCCUGUGGUACCUCCUGCGACGGAGACGGAAUAUCUGUGACAUCCCCGAAGAGGUCUGGUGGCAGUGGGUCUUGGCUGGCAGCCUCUGUGUGGGCGGUUGGGCUGUGAAUUACCUCCCUUUCUUCCUGAUGGAGAAGACACUAUUCCUUUACCACUACCUGCCUGCCGUCACUUUCCAAAUUCUCCUGGUCCCCAUCGUCUUCCAGCAUAUAAGUGACUAUCUUUGCAGAUCCCAGCUCUCCAAGAGCAUGCACAGUGCAUUUGCGGUAGCCUGGUUCUCUUCUGUUUACUUCACCUACCACACGUUCCGGCCGCUGACUUACGGAGAGCCUCCACUCUCCACAGCAGAGCUCCAGAACUUACGCUGGAAGGACAGCUGGGAUAUUUUGAUCAAGAGACGGCAGCCAUGAGGGAAGUGGUUAACAAACUUGUGGACAAGAGCCAUGACUGAGGAUGAACAGAUUGUGUCAGCAAGUGGAUCUGCCAUACUUUCUUGAGAUUAAGCUGGAGCAGGGAAGGAGAAAGAGUGCUGCUGUGGUCAGAAACAACACAGCCACUACCUAGGCCGAGCAGAUACAAUUGGUAUAUGGUUGUAUCUGUUACGAAGGCUCAGAACAUCUCUAAUGGAAAUGAUUGCUGUUGUUCAAAGGCAUGGCAAAGACUCUCUCUCCCAGGAGGAAAAUUGAUGAUGUAACUCCAGAGCAUAUAAAGAUACUGCUGAGCAGUGGCUUUCCAGAUGCUGUUGGACUACAACUCUCCAUAGCUUAAGACUGUAAAUAACUUUCUUUCAUAUUGAUGCUUCUUUCAGGAGCGUGUUUCUGAAUGAAACAUGGAGACACAAUGUGCUAAGAACACAACCCAUACAUGGAACUUAACAUCAUGUGAAGAAGAAGGAGAAAUGAGUAUGUAUGUUCAUUGUGUUAUACUCUCUCAGAAGUUGGCUAGAUUUCAGAUCAGGUCCACAAGUGCUUAGUUGUAGAGAUGGUGUGGCAUCUAGUGUUCCCUUUGCUGCAAGGAUAAGAACCAUGUGGUUUUCCAGAUGAUGUUGGACUACAACUCUCAGCAGCCUUGACCAGUGGUGUGGAAUGCUGGGAGUUGUAGUCCAAUAACAUGUAGAAGGCCACCAGAUUUUCAUUACAACUGUAACCAGCUCAUGGGAGAAGGGGAGGCCUGCUCUCUGGACAGAUUUUUAACUGCCACCAAAACACUGACCUUAAUUGACAAACCCUGUGGGUGAGAGUGUACAGUAAUGUUUGGUGCACUUUUGAUGAUGUUUCUGCAGUCCCCAGUUAGUUACUCGUUCCCAGUUCCCAAGUCCUUAUUUGUGCAAAAUUCAAUACACAGCUAAAUCAUUCAGAUGAAUGAAAGCAUGAGAUUUGAAUCCCUCUGAGCAUCCCCAAAAUGUUCUAAAUGCCACAUGUUGGAUAUUGCCAUAAUCAGGAGACUCCUCUUGGAAAGAAAAAAAUCAUUCUUGCCACUCUAUAAAGCAGUCCCUAAAAAUAGCAGAUCAAUGGAUAUUAGAAAAUGGCAGUCGUACUUAAAGAAAAAAAUAAUUCUGCACCAUGCAAGAAGCUGUGGAUCACCCAAAAUGAUACACUCCCACAUCCAGCAGAGUCUCUUCUGUGAAAGGGCACAUCUCAGUCUGACCCAAGGCUGUUUCUGUGGUAGGGCGCAUCCAAAUGUGCCAACCUCUGCCACUUAAGAUAGAAAUGGCCAAACACAGAACUCAGUCUCUGUACUUACACAUAAGACUUGGGUCAACCCAAACCAGUCACCCUCCAUUAUUACAUUUUAUGGAGAAAAUGUUCAUAACAAUAAAGUAAACUAAUAGAAAAAAAACAAUUGUG